AUGGCUAACAGUGUGACCGUCAACAAAAAGACUACAAAGCAUACCUUCUCUUGCAGUUUCUACCGUGAGGAUAUAACACCUUUGGUCCGAUUGAGCACCCGAGUUACUGGGCAAAAUUUGGAUGAAUUCAGAAAGACUUAUGGCCACAUUCUGCUUAUGUUAACUACUCGUAUUGAUGAGUGGGGUCUCUACACUCUUCUUCAGUUUUAUGAUUCUGAGCUGCGUUGCUUUACCUUUCAAGAUUACCAACUAGCCCCUACCCUCGAAGAGUAUGCACACAUUCUUCAAAUAAAAGUUCAACAUAAGGAUAACUGGAAGCCUAAUGGUGGGACCCAUGGAUUCUAUGUGAAAUUUCUGAUGAGGGAAGCUGAAACCCUUGCUGAUAAGGAAAAGUGGAAAGAAUUCAAUGCUCUCCUGGCCGUCAUGAUCUAUGGAUUAGUGAUGUUCCCGAAUAUUCCAAAUUUUGUUGAUCUCACUGCCAUUUGUCUCUUCAUGGAUCAAAAUCCUGUACCCACUCUGUUGGCCGACACUUAUUAUGCCAUCCAUUCUAGGUAUGGAAAAAAGGGAUCAGUUGGGGGUUGUUUGCCAAUACUGUACGAAUGGUUUUCUUCACAUUUGCCUAAAAGCGGAGCGUUUGUCACUACAAGAGAUUCACAGAAGUGGCCCCAAAGGAUUAUGGGACUUACCGCAAAUGAUAUUGUUUGGUAUCACCUCCGAACGGACAUUGAGCAAGUUAUAACCAGAUGUGGAAGUUUUGGCAAUGUUCCUCUCAUAGGGACAAAAGGAGUUAUCAACUAUAAUCCGAAGCUAGCACUGCGCCAGUUGGGUUUUGUACUGAAGGACAAGCCGUUGGAUAAAGAGAUAUUCGAGUCCGUUUGCUUUGAAAAAGGAACCGAUCCAGAUGGUUUGGAGAAAGUAAGGAGUGCGUGGAACAAAAUUCAUACAGAAGACCGAACUACCUUGGGGGAAAGAAUGCUAUUGCUAAGAAAGCUUAUACUGAAUGGGUUGAAGAAAGAGUUAAGGAGCGCCUGCUGCCUUUCCCGAAGGUUUUCUCUUUCAGCAAUUGCACCUCCGCCUACACAUCGCUACUACACAAGGGCUAAUCACUCACUGCAAAUGGAUCAGUUAAGGGACGAUCUUAUCCAGAUGAGAACUCAGGUUACUGCUCAGAUGGCUCAAAAUCCUGCUGAUAUUCGUGUUAAUGGUGAACCUGUGAUCGGAGGACCUGGUGUAAUUCCUCCUGCUGCUAAUCAAGGUAAUCCCCGUGGGCCUCCCCAGCCUACUCUUGAAGGACAAACCACACAACAAAUCAGAAGGGCUGCUGCUAUCCCCGUGUUGGAAGAGGACCGACACGAGGAUUUGUUUCCUGAAAGUGAAUGGGGGUUUCCACCGGAUGCUGGAAGGAUGUUUAGAGGUCUGGAGGAAAGGAUGAGGGCGAUGGAAGGCCAAGGAUUGGGUAUGGAUAUCAAUGACUUUGGUUUAGUUCCUGGCGUCCGUGUACCACCGAAAUUCAAGGUACCCGACUUCGAGAAAUACAAGGGGAAUACUUGUCCUAAGACACAUGUCCGAGCUUACUAUCGCAAAAUGCAUGUGUACUCUGAGGAUGAAGGAUUGUUGAUGCACUUCUUCCAAGAUAGCCUGACUGGGGCAUCCUUGGAAUGGUAUAUGAGAUUGGAGAGAGCUAAUAUCCGAAGUUGGAGGGACCUAGUUGAUGCUUUCAUAAAGCAGUAUCAGUAUAAUGUUGACAUGGCACCAAAUCGCACUCAGUUACAGAAUCUAUCCCAGAAAGCUAAUGAGUCCUUCAAAGAAUAUGCACAGAAAUGGCGCGAGUUGGCAGCUAGAGUCCAGCCACCUAUGUUGGAAAGAGAAAUGAUGGAUUUGUUCACCAACACUCUGGAGGGCCAAUACUACUCCGCCUGCUCUGCAUCCUCAAGUUUUGCCGAGUUGGUUAUGAUUGGUGAGCGAAUUGAAAGUGGGAUUAAGGCUGGUAGAAUACAGAAUCCAAGUGCUGCUAGUUCCUCUUCUGGGGCAGGAGGGAAGAAACCAUAUAACGGAUUUGCUAAGAAGAGAGAAGGUGAAACAAGUGCUACUUACUAUGGUAAAGGUAAAGGCCAUGUUUAUCAACAGGUAUCCGCUGUUACUAUACCGAGUACUCCUCUUCAACAACAACCACAACAACAGCAAAGGCAUCCCCCACGUCAGUAUCAGCAAAAGUCGAGGCCACCAAGAAUUUUUGAUCCCAUACCUAUGACAUAUGCACAAUUACUCGCUCAUCUCUUACAUGGGGACUUGGUGCAACUUCGUACCAUGGGCCCUCCACCUGCUAAGCUUCCUCCUAACUAUGAUGCUAAUGCCCACUGUGAGUUUCAUUCUGGGGCUGCUGGGCAUGAUAUUGAACAUUGCAUAGGAUUCAUGCAUAAAGUACAGGAUCUGCUCGAUUCAAAAGCUAUUGAGUUCACCCCUACUCAAGGACCUAACGUUGUACAGAAUCCUAUGCCUUCCCAUGGAACUCAUGCCGCAAAUGCCAUCGAUAUUGUUGAAGACAUUUACUUGGUCAAGGAUGUUAUCAAAUUGGGAUCGUUGUUGCCAUUAUUGAAAAAGGAAUUAUCGAGGAUGAGACUAUACGCUGAUAGUGGGUAUCUACAGUUUGAGCAUGUGCGACAUCCAAAGUCAGUCAAGAAUGAAAUCAAUGUGCUAUCCAUCCCGUAUACUCCUACUAAGAUCCCGAUCCCUGCCAGAGCGCCGCCUUUGGUCAUCACGUUGCCUGGUCCCAUCCCAUAUACUAGUGAGAAAGCAAUCCCAUGGAAUUAUGGCGGAGAAGUUUUCUACCAAGGGGCCAAGUAUGAGAUUAAAGCACCGGUUGAGAAGGAAGAUGUUGAUAAUGUUGUUGGCAUUGGAAGAAUGACAAGAAGUGGUCGUAUUUUCAAUCCUCCCCAGAAUACUCGCGAUGACAAUGCAGAAGCUCUAGCUCAAGCAAAAGGGAAAAGAGUGGUAGAAGAUACGGUAGAUCCGGGGCAAAGCUCUAACUCAGAAGAUACUGUGGCCAAAGAGAUGGAAGAGUUCCUAAAGAUCAUCAAGAAAAGUGAGUAUAAAGUGGUUGACCAGCUGAGUCAAACUCAAUCUAAGAUCUCGAUCUUACAGUUGCUCUUAUGCUCCGAGACGCAUCGAAAUGCUUUAUUGAGACUCCUAGGCACUGCCUUUGUCCCUCCUGAGAUCUCAGUGAAUCAACUUGAAGGGGUGGUGUCAAACAUCAAUGCUGGUAAUGGAUUGGGAUUCACUGAUGCAGACUUGCCCUCCGAAGGUAGAAACCAUAAUAGAGCUUUGCAUAUAUCAGUGGAAUGUAAAGGGACUAUGUUAUCUCGUGUUCUCGUGGAUAAUGGAUCUUCUCUGAAUGUAUUACCGAAGUCGUCUUUGAUGAGGCUGGACUACUCUGGUGUCGAGAUAAGGCCGAGUGAAUUGACAGUGCGAGCCUUUGGGGAGGUUGACUUGCCAAUAAUGAUAGGCCCUCAGCUUUUCACUAUUACCUUCUUUGUGAUGGAUAUCCACCCGUAUUACAGUUGUCUCCUGGGACGUCCAUGGAUCCAUGCUGCUGGGGCCGUGACUUCCACAUUGCAUCAGAAACUCAAAUUUGCCACUCAGGGGAAGAUAGUCACGGUAUGUGGGGAGGAAGAGCAUGUGGUAAGCCAUCUUGCGUCUUUCAAAUAUAUUGAUGUGGAAGGGGAGGUCCACGAAACACCUUGUCAAGCGUUUGAGGCUGUCCAGACUAUCAAGAUCCCUUAUGUUGAAAAGAAGAAGUUGGAGGCUCCUAUGUCUUCACUAAAGGAAGCCAAAGCUGUGGUUGAAUCUGGUCAUCCUGAAGGAUGGGGCCGAGUCUUGGAUCUACCAAUCAAGCAGGAUAAGUGUGGGAUUGGAUAUCAGUUGGGGCAAAGUUCUUCUGAUGGGUCCUUCAAGAAGCCCGGAACCUUCGUUCCGAUCAAGUUCUCUAGUGCUGGCAUUGUUAAGGAUCAUGUUUGCGCUGCUGAUGAUGAGGAUGGACGUUUGAAGUUCGCUGAUAAGGGAAAGAAUCACAUGAAAGUCGAUGAUGAUCCCCUGAAUGUCGCUGACACCAACUAUGCCGAACCAGUCGACAUCAAUAUGGCUAUUGAGAGCCUAAACAACAAGGUAACCUUCAAUACUGAUGUUGAAGAGUCAUUCGAGACAAAGAUCACCGAAGGCCUUAAGGAGAAGACUAGUAAGGCCACUGAAGACCUCAGAGUGAAACUCCAACAGAUAAGGAUUUCUGAUGUUCCCCCGGAAGACGUCAAUCUGGUGAAUGUUGGGAAACCUUUAUCUCAGAUCGAGGAACUAGAGAAAUGUCUGGUGAAAGAAAGAGAAAAAGGAAACUAUGGAAAUCCAUAG